GGAGCCCCAUCAUUCAUUGCGGCCACCAAAGCCACGCUACGCAACAAGGAUUGCAUUGUGCGCUUGCCGCAGCGGCUGCUUCUUCCCAGCCUAAUCUUGUGGCUAGAUAGCUAGGUUACCUGUUGGGAUCGGAGGUUCUGUCCCUUGACCAUAAUGUGCGGCGGAGCCAUCAUCGCCGACUUCGUCCCCGCCGGCGCCCGCCGCCCGGCGAGCUCCGCCGCCGCCGACAGCGUCUCCGCCUCCAUCCUCUCCGGCGACGGGGAGCUCAUGGUCGAGCCGGCGGCGAGGGCGCCGGCGCCGGGGCGCAAGACGGCGUACCGCGGGAUCCGGCGCCGGCCCUGGGGCCGCUGGGCGGCGGAGAUCCGCGACCCGCGCAAGGGCGCGCGCGUCUGGCUGGGCACCUACGCCACCCCAGAGGACGCCGCGCGCGCCUACGACGCCGCCGCGCGCGAGAUCCGCGGCGCCAAGGCCAAGCUCAACUUCCCGCCCGCCGUCGGCGCGGGCGCGCCGGCGGCCAAGAGGGGCCGCAAGGUCCCCCCGGCCGCCGAGGAGAGCUCCGGGUCGUCGUCCUCCCCGGCGGCCGCCGUCGUGGGGCCGCCGGGCGUCGGCGGAGCGGACGAGACGCUGCGCGACUGCAUGUCCGGGCUGGAGGCGUUCCUGGGGCUGGAGGCCGCCGCACUGGAGGGUGGCGCCGCCGACGUGCAGGCCUGGGACGCCGUCGACCUCAUGUUCGCCUAGCGGCUGGCCUCUACGCUCGUGCGUGCCGUUGCCGUGAACGGCCGCCGCGCGCGGCCGCGGCUGCAGGCUGUUUUGCAGCUGCCGUUUUGGAUCGACCGUGCAGUAUUUCUGCUGCCUGCAGGCCUGACCCUGCUUAUGCGUGUAGCGGGAUAGCUAGGAGGCUUGUUUACUAGCUUGUCGGUAAAUAAACCAGAGUGUGAUUAGGAGGAGCUCCAGGCUCUGCUAGUUGCUGCUUGAGCCUAGCUAGAGUUAGUACCAGAGGCUCAAAGAUUACCAGUGAUACUUCGAGAAUCCGGGAUGAGCGAGUGAUCUUGUAUGCUGCUCACGCUUGGGUCACCUCAAGUAUCCCAUUGUAAUCUAGGGUGUGGAAGCAACUUCGUUACUGAUUAUUACUACUUGUUCUAAAUUAUUA